GUUUUAUUAGACUGAAAAGUUGUCUACAUAUAGUGCCUUUAUCUUUUAUCUUAUCACGUAUUUCAGCCACAAUUGUAAAGUCACUUUUAUUACAAAAUGAAGUAUCUGGUUGGAAUAAUUAUUCUUUUAGAGCGGAUAGCCCCUUCCAGUGGUUUGACGUGCUGCCCAGAUGCCUGGACGGCCUUUAUGGGGUCAUGUUACCUAUUUGGACAUACACCGAUGACUUUCCAUGAAGCAGCCGUUCUUUGCAAGACGUACGAAGCAAAAUUAGUCCACAUCGAAACCAGUAAUGAGAAUACGUUUAUUGAGGACCAGUUGAAACACCUGUAUCGAGACUCCAAUGAAACAGCGUGGUGGAUUGGUUUAACGGACGAAAACGUUGAAGGGCUGUGGAAAUGGCAUGACACCGACACACUAGCAACAUUCACCGACUGGUACCCAGGCGAACCGAGCACCAACGGCGGAGGCUCAAACAACGAAGACUGCGCGUCUAUAUACGUUCGAGAGAGCUUCCAUUGGAACGAUGUCGAUUGUCAGCUGUACAAAUACUAUCCAAUCUGCGAAUUAGGGGGCACAGAAAGCAGCCCAGAAGUCGUUGGUUAG